UUUAUUUAGAACUUUACAGUGAGGAAGUUAAAGGUGCAGUUCUUCAUUUUGGGUUCACUGAAAACAAUACAAUGACUCCCACAGAUGUGCAGUAUAAUGGAAUAACGUACAAGAAGGGCCAAUUUGUAGUCAGUAGGAAUGAUGAGUCACUGGAGUUUGGUGAACUCAUCCUUACAUUGGUGAAGGAUGAAUCUGCACUUCAUUUUCUGAUGAGAGUGUAUCGUGGAGAAUUUCUUCCACACUACCACAUGUACUUUGUAAAGGAUGAAACAAGAAGAUUAGAAUGCAGACACAUUAGUAAACUGAUUGACAUGUGGCCAUUAUCAUCUUACAUAAAAGAUGGGAAUCGGUUUGUACCAUUAAAGCAUAGUGUUUUGGCAGUGUAAAGGCUUGAUAUUAAUGGUUCAGAGAUCAACCUUUUUUUAGUUUUCUGUAUUUCAACAGAUAUGAUGGAUACACAAAAGGACAUCCGCGAUGCCAUUCGAGCAGCGCUUCCUGGUCUUUCACAGGAAGUUUUGGCUGCUUUAGAGGAUGUGUUGGAGAAACUCGGCACUACAACCACAGAUGAUUUCCAGUAUAUCACCGAAGGAGACUUAUUGCCUGUGCUGAAGCCCAUACAGGCCAGAAGACUGGUUGCUGCAUGGGCCCAAAAUAACUCAAUGGCUUCAACUUCAGGCGGGGCAUCCUCCUCUCCACAGUCCGUUCAGUCCUCUCAAUCUGCAGCCUCACUUUCACAACCAUCGUCUGCUGCUACUUCAUCGCCUUCCCUGAGCUGCUCCCCAGUUUUGCCAACCUGGGUUGACAGUUUUCAGAUACCGUGGCAGAAGCUUCCAGAAGAGCUGAUACAGACUUUGGAACGACAGAAAAGGCCAAGUGCACGACUUCGAAGACAAAUGGUGAGGAUUAUUGUCUCUGAAAUGAUGCUGAUUUGCAAGAAUCCAACCAAACGCAACACUACUGAAAUAGCAGAAAGGAUGGUGAGCAGGUAUCCAAAGUCACUUAAGGAUGUCAUUGAUGGUGACGUUAUUGGACUUGGUUAUCAUUCCUUGGUAAAACAACUCCAGGCAAGAAUUGAAAAUGUCAAACGACAAGACACACCAAAGAUAACUAAACGCAAGGCAGAAUCAGAUAAUGACACUGAUGAGAUACCUGCUGAGCAGAAAGCCAGUGUUCAAGACACAUAUGGCUGUGUCAACUGGGCGCCAAAGUUUUUGCCCCUUUCUGAGACUGUAGAGAGUCAGCUUAAGAAAAAAGAAGACAUGAAAAAGAUGUUCAAAGACAAAAAAUAUGCUGCAGAAGAUGUGAAAGAACUUAUCAAGUCCACCUAUUACACGCAACGAAAGGACAUCAAUAAAGGUACAAGCAUCCUGAAGCUUUGCCAAGAAUGGCCUUUUUUGUUCCAUGAAACUGGCAUGGCAGAACACUUCCAGCAACUUACUGGCAUCAGUCUGAUGGAAGCCUUCUUCACCAAUCUGGACAAAAAGGGGGAGCGCAUUGUCAACUUCCUGAAAACUGUUUUUGCUCAGAAAGAAAAACAAGUUCUGGAGUCUCUCCUCAAGUUAGCAAGUGAAAAAGGAAGAGCAUAUGUUCCACCAUGUUGA